AUGCCGUUUACGCCUCCUCCUGGAUCCCAUAAAGAAUCACAACAGCAACCUCGCCGUCACAGCAGCUUUGAUUUGAUUGAUACCCAGUUUGAAGAUUCUUUAGAGGCAGCUUUAGAGUCUCUACAGCUCGACAACGCGGGAACCCUGAACGGCGAGAAUAUAGAAAUGAAAAGCAUACGUGGAGUGGACGACUACAAUAAUAGAACACAUCGAAACUCCGACACAGAACCACUCAUGAAUAGUGAUGAGGCCCAUCUCUUGUCGCGAAGUCCCCACGACAAUUCAGGAACGCGGGGUAGUGGCAUAUCAUUUUGGUCGAAGUUCUCUCGAGCUUUAGGGACGUCUAAGGAAGGCAAUCUGCCCCGAUAUUCCUAUACCAAUGGCUCCAUUGAGCUUAAGGAUGAGCAGCUAGAGCGAGAAAUACAUCCCAGCACAACGCCCAUAUAUGAUAGGAACAAAUACGCUCCUAAUGCUGUUUCUAAUGCGAAAUAUAAUCCAUUCACAUUCAUCCCUAUUAUACUCUAUGAGCAAUUCAAGUUUUUUUUUAACCUUUACUUUCUGCUUGUGGCACUUUCGCAGGCAAUUCCACCGCUGCGAAUCGGAUAUUUAUCGUCGUACAUUGUCCCACUAGCGUUUGUGUUGACGGUUACCAUGAGCAAAGAGGCCCUGGAUGAUAUACAGAGAAGGCGUAGAGACAAUGAGUCUAAUGGUGAGCUUUACGAAGUCUUGAGCAAGUCCCACCUUGUGCCCAGCAAGGACCUGAAGGUUGGUGAUUUAAUUAAGAUAGGUAAAGGAGCUCGCGCCCCCGCCGAUUUGGUUUUGUUACAAUCUAGCGAAGCAUCAGGUGAGAAUUUUAUAAAAACCGAUCAGUUGGAUGGUGAAACCGAUUGGAAAUUGAGAAUUGCAUGCCCACUGACACAACAUUUGUCACAAGACGAUCUUCUCAAUAAGAUCAGCAUAACCGCGUCAGCUCCUGAAACUUCGAUCGGUCAAUUCCUGGGAAAGUUAACCUACAAUGAGUCGCAAUCUCAGCCACUUUCCGUUGAUAACACGAUGUGGGCAAACACAGUUUUUGCCUCGACGGGCACCUCAAUUGCAUGUGUCGUGUACACGGGGACAGAUACAAGGCAAGCCAUGAAUACAACGACUGCCAGUGUCAAGACCGGACUUUUGGAGCUAGAAAUCAAUCGCUUGUCGAAAAUCUUGUGUGCCUGCGUUUUUUUACUCUCCAUUACCCUAGUUGCAUUUUCAGGGUUUGAUAAUAAGGAUUGGUAUGUUGAUAUCAUGCGGUACCUGAUUCUGUUUUCCACUAUUAUUCCAGUAUCACUAAGGGUAAAUCUUGACCUUGGAAAGUCAGUGUAUGCUCACCAGAUUGAACACGAUAAGACUAUACCCGAUACCAUUGUGAGGACAAGUACAAUUCCAGAAGAUCUAGGGCGAAUUGAGUAUCUUCUUAGCGACAAAACUGGAACCUUGACCCAAAAUGAAAUGGAGCUGAAAAAAUUGCAUUUGGGAACCGUAUCCUAUACUUUGGAAACUAUGGACAUUGUUACUGAUUAUGUGAGUGCUGCUGCAGGUCAAGCAAAUGCAUCUGCAGCUCCAAGUGCCGCCCGCAGAGACAUGUCCACUAGGGUUCAAGACCUAAUAUUGGCCCUAGCGCUUUGCCACCAAGUCACACCAACUUUUGAAGAUGGUGAAUUAACGUACCAAGCAUCUUCACCGGAUGAAAUUGCGAUCGUCAAAUUUUCUGAAUCGGUGGGUCUCACAUUGUUCAAAAGGGAUAGAAACUCGAUGACAUUGUUGCACGAUAAAUCAGGAAACUACUUGCAAUUUGAUAUUUUAAAAGUUUUCCCGUUUAAUUCAGACAACAAACGCAUGGGAAUUAUUGUAUUCGAUAAACAAAAACAAGAAUAUUGGUUUUACCAGAAAGGCGCUGAUGUUGUGAUGAGUAGAAUUGUACAAACUAACGACUGGCUAGAGGAAGAAACGGGAAAUUUGGCCCGCGAAGGACUAAGAACAUUAGUCGUUGCUCGUAAAAAGCUCUCCGCAAAUGCAUAUGAAAACUUCGACAGAGAUUAUAAGGAUGCUUCAUUAAUUAUGCUCAACCGAGAGUCUUCUAUGAGCAAUGUUGUGGGCAAACACUUAGAGAACAAUCUUGAAAUCUUAGGUUUAACAGGUGUGGAGGAUAAGUUGCAAAGUGAUGUCAAGACAUCUAUUGAGCUUCUUAGAAAUGCUGGGAUCAAGAUUUGGAUGCUGACAGGUGAUAAGGUCGAAACAGCUAGAUGUGUUUCGAUUAGCGCGAAACUGGUUUCUCGCGGACAGUACAUCCAUACAGUAACCAAAGUAAACCGUUCAGAGGGCGCAUUGAGCCAGCUUGAGCUCCUUAAAAUCAAUAAGAAUGCAUGCCUGCUAAUAGAUGGCGAGUCACUCGGCUACUAUCUCGAUCAUCACCGGCAAGAAUUUUUCGACAUUGUAGUGCAUCUUCCAGCCGUAAUUGCUUGCCGGUGCACUCCUCAGCAAAAAGCGGAUGUUGCUACUUUCAUUCGGGAUGUCACCAGGAAGAGAGUCUGUUGCAUCGGCGACGGUGGUAACGACGUUAGUAUGAUUAGGUCAGCCGACGUCGGUGUAGGAAUCGUUGGCAAAGAAGGUAAACAAGCCUCCCUGGCGGCAGAUUUUUCCAUAACACAGUUCAGUCAUUUGUCAACUCUACUACUUUGGCAUGGAAGAAAUUCUUACAAGCGCUCUGCAAAGCUGGCUCAAUUUGUCAUCCAUAGAGGUCUCCUCAUAUCUGUCUGCCAAGCUGUGUUCUCAAUAUCAUCGAAGUUUGAGCCAAUUGCCCUAUAUCAAGGCUGGCUCAUGGUCGGCUACGCAACGUGCUACACAAUGGCCCCUGUGUUUUCCUUAACCUUAGAUCAUGACAUUGAUCAGUCUCUGACAAGAACUUAUCCCGAACUUUACAAGGAGCUCACUGCUGGAAAAAGUCUCUCAUUUAAGACAUUUUUUGUAUGGGUGGCGCUUUCAUUAUUCCAAGGAUGCAUAAUACAGGGUUUUUCACAAUUAUUUACAAGCCUGAAGGAAGCAGAUUUUAAGCACUUGGUCGCAUUGAGCUUCACAUCAUUAGUCUUAAAUGAAUUGAUAAUGGUCGCGAUUGAGAUAUACACUUGGAACAAAACGAUGGCCAUCUCUGAAAUUUUGACGUUUAUCAUUUUUGCUGCAUCCAUUCCUUUUCUUCAAGACUAUUUUGAACUUACUUUCUUGACACAGCCCUCAUUCUACGAGAAGCUCAUGUUCAUACUGGCCUUUUCAGUUGGUCCUGUAUGGGCGGCAAAGGCGCUACACAGAAAAUUAAAUCCACCUAGUUACGCUAAGGUUCAGCAAUUCAACUUUAGCGCAUAG